UUUUAAAAAAACCCUUAUCUGAUUGGCAUUAGCUUGUUUUGGCAGUUUAUGGACCUUGUUAUCCAAGGAGUGAUGAGUGAUAUUUACCCCUAAACAGGCCAACCUUUGCCGUCUAUAAAAGUAACUUAGCUUUAGAGUCAGUAUCAGCAAGCUGCAGUGAGUCCUCCUCCACACAGAGGACAACAUGAAGGAAGCCUAUUCUUUGGAGAGGAACGAUACUCGAGGAGUCUCUUUUACGGAGGAAGCUUUCCGAUGGAGAACUGGAUCCGUGGUCUCCAGUCUAGAACAUAAUGAUUCUGACAACAGAAAAAAAGCGUGCCCUACGCUAUUUGGAAAAUACAGCCAGAGCCUUCAGACCCUCAAACCCUUCCACUGGUCCUCAUCCCAGUCCAACCCUGUAGACAAUGCAGGUUUCCUGUCCUUUGCAACCUUUUCCUGGUUGACCCCCAUGAUGUGGGCCCUGUUCAGGAAUAAGCUGGAUAUGAGCUCUCUCAACCUGUCUCCUUUGGAUGUAGCCGACACCAGCGGAGAAAGGCUCUGCAGACUCUGGAAGGAAGAAGUGGCAAAGGUGGGCCUGGAGAAGGCCUCUGUGGUUCGAGUGAUCUUUCGCUUUCAAAGAACCAGGCUGAUACUGUCUGCCGUUGUUGGUGUCCUUACCAUGGUGGCAUCGUUUCUGAGCCCGGCUGUUCUGCUCCAUAGGAUCCUAAACUAUGCUGAGGACCCAGAGAAGUCCACAGUAUCCUAUGGUGUUGGCCUGUCCUUCGCUUUGUUCACCACAGAGUUCUUCAAAGCCUUCCUAUUCUCCUUGCUGUAUGCGUUGAACAUGCGCACUGCAGUCAGACUGAAGGGUGCUUUCUCUUCAGUGGCCUUUCAGAAAGUCAUCUCUCUGCGGGUGCACAGCGGCAUUUCAAUGGGAGAGAUGAUUACUGUUUUGACCGGCGAUGGCCACAAAUUAUUUGAGGCAGUAUAUUACGGGAGCUUUGUGCUGUGCAUCCCAGCACUCUACAUUGUGUCUCUGGUCUAUGCCUGCUACGUUCUGGGCUACACCGCACUGGCUGGAGUCUUCACCUACCUCAUCUUCAUCCCCAUACAGUUUGGAUUGGCCAAGCUCAUUAACAAAUUCAGAUGGAAAAGCAUAUUGAUAGCAGACAGCCGUGUUCGCACAAUGAAUGAGAUUCUCAACAGCAUCAAACUUAUCAAAAUGUACGCAUGGGAAGAUUCCUUUGAGCAGAAGAUCACAGGCUUAAGGAAAAAUGAGAAGAAAGAACUGCAGAGGGUCAGUUACAUCCAGAGUGCUAAUGUCAGCAUUGCCAGCCUCAUCCCCAUCAUUGCCACCGUUAUCACCUUCAUUGUACACACUUUGUUGAGGUUUAAGCUCAACACGUCUGAUGCCUUUACCACCAUCGCCAUCUUCAACUCCAUGAGAUUCUGCCUGGUUCUACUGCCACCGUCUGUGAAGACCCUGGCUGAGGCUGCUAUAUCACUAACACGACUGAAGAAAAUAUUGCUGAUCCAGAAUCCAGAGACCUACCUGAUCCAGACAAAAGACAGUGACUUCGCCAUAGUGAUGAAAAAUGCUUCACUUUCCUGGCUCAAACCAGACAGACUGCCAGACCCCCCACCCAGCUCAGCCAACGGGGACACGAAGGGACACAAAGUGGAGGAGAUGUCCCAGAAUGGGAAGACUGAAACCUUGGCAACCUUAAGAAACAUCUCCUUCACACUGCCUAAGGGCAACCUGCUUGGUGUCUGUGGGAACGUGGGGAGUGGAAAGACGUCACUGAUUUCCAGCAUUUUGGAACAGAUGCACCUUCUGCAGGGCUCCCUCACAGCUGAUGGGACAUUUGCCUACGUUUCCCAGCAGGCCUGGAUAUUCCAUGGAACAGUUCAAGAAAACAUCCUGAUGGGGGAACCUUUUGACCAGUCCAAAUAUGAGAGAGUCAUAGAUGUCUGCAGCCUUAGAGCUGACCUGAAAAUCCUCCCAUAUAGUGAUCAAACUGAGAUUGGAGAGCGAGGGCUGAAUCUGUCGGGGGGGCAGAAGCAGAGGAUCAGCCUGGCCAGAGCUGUCUACUCCAAUAGAGACAUCUUCCUCCUUGACGAUCCACUAUCUGCCGUCGAUGCCCAUGUGGGGAAACACAUCUUUGAAGAAUGCAUUAAGAAGGGGCUCCAGGGAAAAUCCGUCAUCCUGAUUACACACCAGCUCCAGUAUCUGGAGUUCUGUGAUGACAUUUUGGUUCUGGAUGAUGGCGAGGUGCGGGAGGCCGGAAACCACCAGGCCCUGAUGGAAGCCAACGGACGCUACGCUCAGCUCAUCACCGACUAUCAGAUGGAAAAGUCUGAAACUCAGAAUGAGGAGGAGGAAGUGUCACCCCAAGACGCUGCCCAGCUGAAGGACGUUGAGCUAAGUGAUGGCACAGACAGUGGAAUAGUGAACCCAGCAUUUGAUAUGUCGGACGAAAAGGAUGAUGAAACGACAGCUGACCAAAAAUCUGCUGGCGGUGAUCAGCUGGUCAGUCAGGAGUCCACCACAGAAGGUGCCAUCUCCUGGAGAGUCUACCAGCAAUACUGCAAGGCAGCUGGAGGAUACAUCGUCACCUUUCUCACCAUCCUGAACAUCGUCCUGAUGAUUGGAUCCACAGCCUUCAGCAACUGGUGGGUCAGCUUCUGGCUGGGGCAGGGUGAUGGGUCAUCCAAUAACACAACUUCAAACCAUGGUGACAUCUCACAAAACCCACGCCUGCACUUCUACCAAAUGAUUUAUGGUGUGAUGUUGCUUGUCAUGGUGUUACUUGCCAUCAUCAAAUGCUUCUCCUACACUUGGGUCACCUUGAAUGCCUCCUGCAAACUCCACGAUACCAUGUUCAAGAAGAUUUUCUACAGUCCCAUGAGUUUCUUUGAUACAACUUCAACAGGCUGCAUUCUCAACCGCUUCUCCAAAGAUCAAGAGGAGGUGGACACUGUGCUUCCCCUCCAUAUCGACCCUUUCUUGCAGUUUAGUCUGAUGGUCACCUUCACCAUUAUCAUCAUCUCGGCUGUCUUCCCUCCCCUGCUGGCAGCUGUGGGUGUUUUGGGAGCUUUGUUCACCCUCAUUCUCUUUAUCUUCCAGAGGAGUAUCCGUCAGAUGAAGAGGAUGGAGAACAUCAGUCGCUCUCCGUGCAUCUCUCUCACCAUCUCUACCCUGCAGGGCCUCAGCACCAUCCAUGCCUACAACAUUAGAGACAGCCACAUAAAACUGUUCAAGACACUGAAUGACAUCAACUCCAACCACUAUUUACUGUUUAACUCUGGGACACGUUGGCUCUCCUUCUGGACGGACUUUAUGUCUUCGAUCAUGACCUUGUUGGUGUCUCUGUUCGUAGUGCUCAUUGGUCAUGACUCCAUCAGUCCGGCUUUGAAAGGCUUGGCCUUGUCCUACACCAUACAGCUGACAGGCAUGUUUCAGUACGUAGUGAAACAGUCGACGGAUGUGGAGGCAAGAUUCACCUCGGUGGAGCGGCUGCAGGAAUACAUCACGACUUGUACGUCUGAGGCCCCAAGACACAUCAAGGAGGCUCAACUCCCAGAGGACUGGCCAAAGAGCGGAACCAUCACCUUCCAGCACUAUAAAAUGAGGUACAGAGAGAAUACACCCAUUGUCCUGAACGGACUCGAUUUCUUCAUCCGAGCUGGUGAGAAGCUGGGCAUUGUGGGAAGGACAGGCUCUGGGAAGUCCUCUCUCGGCGUGGCUUUGUUCAGGCUGGUGGAGCCAGCAGCAGGAACCAUCCUGAUAGAUGGCGUGAACAUUAUGGACAUUGGUCUACAGGAUCUGCGCAGCAAAUUGUCUAUCAUCCCCCAGGAUCCUGUGCUAUUUAUUGGCACAGUCAGGUACAACCUGGACCCCUUCAAUAACUACAAUGAUGAGGAGCUCUGGACGGCGCUGGAGAAGACCUACAUGAAGGACUCGAUCUCCAGACUGGAGGGGAAACUACAGGCACUGGUGCUGGAGAAUGGAGAGAACUUCUCUGUAGGAGAAAGACAACUGAUAUGUAUGGCUAGAGCACUACUCCGCAACUCCAAGAUCAUUCUUUUGGAUGAGGCAACGGCAUCCAUCGAUGCAGAGACAGACGCCUUGAUCCAGAACACAAUCCACGAAGCCUUCCAGGACUGCACCAUGCUCACCAUCGCCCAUCGUAUCAACACUGUGAUGAACGCAGAUCGUAUUCUGGUCAUGGAGAACGGAGAGGUGGCAGAGUUGGAUCAUCCAGAUGUGCUGAAGCAAAGACCAGACUCUCUGUUCGCCUCACUCCUCGCUGCUGCGAACACUGUGAAUACCUGAACCACAGAGGCCCUGCGG